UUUCCACUGAAAGCUGGUCAAUUUUUACACGAUGCAGACACGAGUGAAUCGCUGACCAGUUUCACGAGACGUACAUGUUCGAUGAAUGUAUUCAGUUUGUUUUUUGAUUACACCACCGUAAUCGCAAAGGAUCCAAAAGAGAGUUGCAGUGUUGGAGACGCAUUGCCAACGUUGAAUCGUUUCAAGGAUAUUCGAUGUUACGAUAAAAACCGUGUGAAAGUCAAGUUGGUGUUCUUGAAAUUCAUUUAA